AUGAAUCAUACUUCUGAUUCAUACCUUCUGAAUCUUCCAGUGCACGAAGCCUGGUGCACAAAGCCCAGUGCACGAAGCCUGGUGCACAAAGCCCAGUGCACGAAGCCUGGUGCACAAAGCCCAGUGCACGAAGCCUGGUGCACAAAGCCCAGUGCACGAAGCCUGGUGCACAAAGCCCAGUGCACGAAGCCUGGUGCACAAAGCCCAGUGCACGAAGCCUGGUGCACAAAGCCCAGUGCACGAAGCCUGGUGCACAAAGCCCAGUGCACGAAGCCUGGUGCACAAAGCCCAGUGCACGAAGCCUGGUGCACAAAGCCCAGUGCACGAAGCCUGGUGCACAAAGCCCAGUGCACGAAGCCUGGUGCACAAAGCCCAGUGCACGAAGCCGGGUGCACAAAGCCCAGUGCACGAAGCCUGGUGCACAAAGCCCAGUGCACGAAGCCUGGUGCACAAAGCCUGGUGCACAAAGCCCAGUGCACGAAGCCCGGUGCACAAAGCCCAGUGCACGAAGCCUGGUGCACAAAGCCCAGUGCACGAAGCCUGGUGCACAAAGCCCAGUGCACGAAGCCUGGUGCACAAAGCCCAGUGCACAAAGCCCAGUGCACGAAGCCCGGUGCACGAAGCCCGGUGCACGAAGCCUGGUGCACGAAGCCCAGUGCACAAAGCCCAGUGCACGAAGCCUGGUGCACAAAGCCCAGUGCACGAAGCCCAGUGCACGAAGCCCAGUGCACGAAGCCCAGUGCACGAAGCCCGGUGCACAAAGCCCAGUGCACGAAGCCCGGUGCACAAAGCCCAGUGCACGAAGCCCAGUGCCGGUGCACAAAGCCCAGUGCACGAAGCCUGGUGCACAAAGCCCAGUGCACGAAGCCCGGUGCACAAAGCCCAGUGCACGAAGCCGGUGCACAAAGCCCAGUGCACGAAGCCUGGUGCACAAAGCCCAGUGCACGAAGCCCGGUGCACAAAGCCCAGUGCACGAAGCCCGGUGCACAAAGCCCAGUGCACGAAGCCUGGUGCACAAAGCCCAGUGCACGAAGCCUGGUGCACAAAGCCCAGUGCACGAAGCCCGGUGCACAAAGCCCAGUGCACGAAGCCUGGUGCACAAAGCCCAGUGCACGAAGCCUGGUGCACAAAGCCCAGUGCACGAAGCCUGGUGCACAAAGCCCAGUGCACGAAGCCUGGUGCACAAAGCCCAGUGCACGAAGCCUGGUGCACAAAGCCCAGUGCACGAAGCCUGGUGCACAAAGCCCAGUGCACGAAGCCUGGUGCACAAAGCCCAGUGCACGAAGCCUGGUGCACAAAGCCCAGUGCACGAAGCCUGGUGCACAAAGCCCAGUGCACGAAGCCUGGUGCACAAAGCCCAGUGCACGAAGCCUGGUGCACAAAGCCCAGUGCACGAAGCCUGGUGCACAAAGCCCAGUGCACGAAGCCUGGUGCACAAAGCCCAGUGCACGAAGCCUGGUGCACAAAGCCCAGUGCACGAAGCCUGGUGCACAAAGCCCAGUGCACGAAGCCUGGUGCACAAAGCCCAGUGCACGAAGCCUGGUGCACAAAGCCCAGUGCACGAAGCCUGGUGCACAAAGCCCAGUGCACGAAGCCUGGUGCACAAAGCCCAGUGCACGAAGCCUGGUGCACAAAGCCCAGUGCACGAAGCCUGGUGCACAAAGCCCAGUGCACGAAGCCUGGUGCACAAAGCCCAGUGCACGAAGCCUGGUGCACAAAGCCCAGUGCACGAAGCCUGGUGCACAAAAGCCUGGUGGUGCACGAAGCCUGGUGCACAAAGCCCAGUGCACGAAGCCUGGUGCACAAAGCCCAGUGCACGAAGCCUGGUGCACGAAGCCCAGUGCACGAAGCCUGGUGCACAAAGCCCAGUGCACGAAGCCUGGUGCACGAAGCCCAGUGCACGAAGCCUGGUGCACAAAGCCCAGUGCACGAAGCCUGGUGCACAAAGCCCAGUGCACGAAGCCUGGUGCACAAAGCCCAGUGCACGAAGCCUGGUGCACGAAGCCUGGUGCACGAAGCCUGGUGCACAAAGCCCAGUGCACGAAGCCUGGUGCACGAAGCCUGGUGCACGAAGCCUGGUGCACAAAGCCCAGUGCACGAAGCCUGGUGCACGAAGCCUGGUGCACGAAGCCGAAGCCUGGUGCACGAAGCCUGGUGCACAAAGCCCAGUGCACGAAGCCUGGUGCACGAAGCCUGGUGCACGAAGCCUGGUGCACAAAGCCCAGUGCACGAAGCCUGGUGCACGAAGCCUGGUGCACGAAGCCUGGUGCACAAAGCCCAGUGCACGAAGCCUGGUGCACGAAGCCUGGUGCACGAAGCCUGGUGCACAAAGCCCAGUGCACGAAGCCUGGUGCACGAAGCCUGGUGCACGAAGCCUGGUGCACAAAGCCCAGUGCACGAAGCCCAGUGCACGAAGCCUGGUGCACGAAGCCUGGUGCACGAAGCCUGGUGCAUAUAUCGAGGAACAAACAAUACAAAAGCAGAAGCAAAUAA